AUGGCGUCUCUUUCACUUUCAUCUCCCAAUUUCGCCACCGCUUUCCUCGCCAAGAAACUUCCCCUUCGGGAAAUUACGCGGAAACCAAGAACAAAUUCUGAUGUUUCAUUUCGUACUAGAUGCGCGGUAGAUACGCCCUAUGGAGGUAAUGUUCCAAAAUUUCCCCGAGUCAGUGUUUGGGAUCCUUUCCGACGCCUUGGAGUAACCCGUGAUGCUUCUGAAGAAGAGAUUUGGGGGUCAAGAAAUUUUCUGUUGCAACAAUAUGCUGGACACGAGAGGAGUGUAGAAUCAAUAGAAGCUGCCUUUGAAAAAAUAUUGAUGGCUAGUUUUGUACAGAGAAGGAAAACAAAAAUUAAUUUGAAAAGCAAGUUGAAAAAGAAAGUAGAGGAGUCCCCACCAUGGUUUAAGAACGUGCUAAACAUUGUUGAAUUUCCACCAACUGAAAUUAUCCUCCGAAGAUUAUUUCUCUUUGCCUUCAUGGGUGGCUGGAGCAUCAUGAAUUCUGCUGAAACUGGACCUGCUUUUCAGGUGGCAAUCUCUUUGGCUGCUUGCAUAUACUUCCUUAACGAAAAGACGAAGAGUUUGGCUAGAGCGUUCAUCAUCGGGUUUGGAGCUCUUGUGGCUGGAUGGGUCUCUGGCUCGUUGCUGGUACCCAAUAUUCCAACAUUUUUGUUGCGCCCAACUUGGACCCUUGAACUCUUAACAUCUUUAGUAGUUUAUUUUUUCUUGUUUGUUGGUUGUACUUUUUUCAAGUAA